CUCGUCUCUCUCACGCGACGUUUCUAGGGUUCUUCUGCUUAUCUGGAGAUUUUGCAUAAACUUUCUUUAAUGGAAACUCUAUCAACGACAUGGAAUCUAACAAGGAAGAAGCGAAAAGAGCAUUGGAUAUUGCUGAGAAGAAACUAUCAAAGAAUGAUUACAACAGAGCGAAAAGAUAUGCUAAGAAGGCUCAUCGUAUGUAUCCAAAUCUCGUUGGUUUGGAACAAGUGUUGAUAAUGAUCGAUGUUUAUAUCUCUGCAACAAACAAGAUCAACGGAGAAGCUGAUUGGUACAGAGUUCUCGGUGUUGAUCCUUUAGCUGAUGAUGAAGCUGUGAAGAAACGUUACAGGAAGUUAGCUCUUUUGCUUCAUCCUGACAAAAACAGGUUUACUGGUGCUGAAGGUGCGUUUAAGUUGAUUCUAGAAGCUUGGGAUCUAUUGUCUGAUAAAUCUCAGAGAAGUUCUUAUGAUCAGAAGAGGAAAUCGAAUCAAGUUAAACAGAGAACGAGUGGAAUGCAGAAGCCUAAGAGAAGUUCUACGCCUAAACCAACAGAGUCAGACAAGCCAGCUUCUUCUUAUGGACCUACGCCUCCACCUGAGCCUAGGCCUAAGCGUAGGCCUAGACCUAAUAUACCUGAGCCUGAUAUUCCUAUGCCUAUGCCUACUAGGCAUAAACCUAAGUCUAAGCCUGAUAUUUCAUUGACAACGGUGAAAGUUGGAACCUUUUGGACGGUUUGCAAUAGAUGCAAGACGUAUUGUGAGUUUAUGAGGGCUAGUUGUCUUAAUAAGACUGUACCUUGUCCAAACUGCGGUAAGUAUUUCAUUGCAACCGUGAUACCUUCAGAGUUAGUCAAUGGGAGGCUAGUCAUCAGAUUGAGUCCUUGUAAUCAGUCAACAUGGAAAAAAGCAAGUGAUGAUACUUCUUCAACUUCAGCAAUGGCAAAGACUGUACCCGAAAGAGUUAAAAGAUGGUUUGACCCUAUGCCUGAGAUGGAUUCUUCAACGCAAAAAAUUGGUACGUUUUGGACAGUGUGCAGUAGAUGCAAGACACAUUGUAAGUUGGUGAGGGCUAAUCAUCUUAACAAGACCUUCCCUUGUCCUAACUGCAGUCAGGAAUUUGUUGCGGCCGAGAUGAUUAUAGAGGUAAUCAAUGGGGGUCCAGUCAUAAAAUUGAGUCCCUCUGUGCAGUCAAAUAGCAAAAGGACACGUGAUGCUUCUUCCACAACCUCAGCAUCUGAUAAGGCACAGAGGACUGCAUAUCAAAAAGAAGAAGUUUUGAAAAGAGAAAAGAUUGAUCCUGAUGUUGCGUCUGCUGCUACUGGAGAAAAUGUAAAAGUAGCAGAGACCCUUUUCAAGGAGCCGAUGACAACAGGAAACGAAAACUCUACUACUGAAGAAGGAAUUGUAAAAGAAUCAGAGACCCUUUGCAAGGAGCCGAUGACAACAGGAAAUGAAAACUCUACUACUGAAGAAGGAAAUGUAAAAGAAGCAGAGACCUUUUUCGAGGAGCCGAUGACAACAGGCAAUGUAAAAGAAGUAGAGACCCUUUUCGAGGAGCCGAUGACAACAGACAAUGAAAACUCUACUCCUGAAGCAGAGAGGCUUUUCAAGAAGCCGAUGUCUACAGGAGACGAAAACUCUACUCAUGAAGCUCAAAGGCUUUUCAAGAAGCCGAUGACAACAGGAAAUGCAAACUCUAAUCUUGAAGCGCAGAGAUGCUUUUUGAGGAUAUGGCAACGGGAAAUGCAAUCUCUACUCUUAAAGUAGAGAGAACACAUGAUAGAUGUGAUAUAAGAAGUAAGACAUUUGGAUGUAGAAGUUAAUAUAUAUCUGCUUUUGUUUUUUGGUAUGCAUCAGUAAUAGUUUUUUAUUUGAUUUUUGAAACAUGAAUUU